AGGCGCGGUCACUCUCACUCACUCGAACGAUAUAUUUUAUAUUCCCCUUUUUCCUUUUUUUGUUAUUCGGAAUUACUUUGUUGGCGACUACGGUCUAGAUCUCGUGUGGCAAGCUACAGUAUAAGGCUGACAUGAGAAAGCCGUCUCUGGUUGGUGUCUUGAUAUUGGGACUACAUGAUGCAAUGGUGUUUACGAUGAUUCGCUCUGAGGGGCAGCGGCAGCUAGAUACACAGCUGAAAGACGGGCAAUUGGAUACCACGGCGGGCCGAGAGGAAGUCUGGAAGCGGAUACGACAACCGUCUCCUUGGAGGCCGGGGUUGGACGUGGACUGGGCCUGCUCUGAUGUGUCGAUUUUGUGGUGGUUCCCGUGCCCGGGGUUGAGCGAAUAUGAGGGUUAGCAGGCGGGAAUGCGUGAAUAGGCUCGGCAAGAUGAAAUCUUUUG